AUGUGGAAAAAACCAUUUAAAUGUAUUGAAUGUGGAAAGAGCUUCUGUAGAAGUGGGACACUUAGAAUACACCAACGAACUCACACGGGGGAGAAACCAUUUGAAUGUAUUGAAUGUGGAAAAAGCUUCAAUGAUAGUGGAAACCUUAGACAACAUCAACGAACUCACACGGGGGAGGCUCCAUUUAAAUGUAUUGAAUGUGGAAAGUGCUUCAGUCAAAAUGGAGCACUUAGAAGACAUCAACGAACUCACACAGAGGAGAAACCAUUUAAAUGUGUUGAAUGUGGAAAGAGCUUCAGUCACAGUGGACACAUUAGAAGACACCAACGAACUCACACGGGGGAGAAACCAUUUGCAUGUAUUGAAUGUGGAAACAGCUUCAGUCAAAAUGAAUACCUUAGAAUACACCAACGAACUCACACGGAGGAGAAACCAUUUAAAUGUUUUGAAUGUGGAAAGAGCUUCAGUAGAAGUGGACACCUUAGAGUACACCAACGAACUCACACGGGGGAGAAACCAUUUUCAUGUAUUGAAUGUGGAAACAGCUUCAGUCAAAAUAGAUACCUUAGAAUACAUCAACGAACUCACACGGGGGAGAAACCAUUUAAAUGUGUUGAAUGUGGAAAGAGCUUCAGUGAAAGUGGACACCUUAGAAGACACCAACGAACUCACACGGGGGAGAAACCAUUUGCAUGUAUUGAAUGUGGAAACAGCUUCAGUCAAAAUGAAUACCUUAGAAUACACCAACGAACUCACACGGGGGAGAAACCAUUUAAAUGUAUUGAAUGUGGAAAGAGCUUCAGUAGAAGUGGACACCUUAGAAUACAUCAACGAACUCACACGGGGGAGAAACCAUUUGAAUGUAUUGAAUGUGGAAAGAGCUUCAGUCAAAAUGUAAUACUUAGAAGACAUCUACAAACUCACAUAGAGAAACCAUUUAAAUGUAUUGAAUGUGAAAAGAGCUUCAGUAAAAGUGGACACCUUAGAAUACACCAGCGAACUCACACGGGGGAGAAACCAUUUAAAUGUACUGAAUGUGGAAAAAGCUUCAACAGGAAGGAUAAACUUACAUUACAUUGGCAAACUCACACAGCGGAGAAGCUUUAGUCAAUAUGGAACCUUAGGAAAUAUCCACUAAUUUACAUGGGGAGGUCUUAAUACAGUGGUACCUCGGGUUACGUACUUAAUUUGUUCCGGAGGUGUAUUCUUAACCUGAAACUAUUCUUAACCUGAAGCACCACU